AUGGGUCAAUGUCAACUAAUCUACACGUUAUUUGUCAUAACAAUAUUUUCGCUGGGCGAAUCAUACCCGGACCCCAACUGCCCGGCGCCCAGCGACAUCGCACCAUGCACAUGUUUCAGAGAAAUUGUACCCCCCGUAGGGUAUAACGUAUACAUAUACUGCGAAGGCACCGACACGUUAGACUUGAAGGCCAUGUUUCACCGGCUGAGUUCGGGGCCGGGUUUCUACCGGUUUAGGCUAACAAACACGCAAAUCAGUGAAUUGCCGGCCGAUAUGUUUGGCAACGUUCAGUUCGCUGAGAUCGAGAUACGCACCCAUAGCCUACGGCGCGUACACUCCCGGGCAUUGUCCGGACCGGUCGGCCACGCAUUGAAUAGCCUAUACAUCAAUGACUCGCCCAUUGGUGACGCUGACGGCGAUUAUGAUCUAUUCAAAGCCCUGGCGCCGGCCGUCAACCUACACGAGCUGAGUCUAAUCAACACCAGCCUCACCGCGAUACCGGCCAACGCCCUGCACUCGGCCCCCGCGUUGCACAAAGUGACCAUCACUGACAACACCCGUUUGACCAGUUUGGGGAGCCGUGCGCUUAACCUGACGAGUCAGCUGUUGAGCGUAAACUUGCGAAAUAAUCGUAUAGACAAUGUGUCGGCCGACGCCAUACGACUGGUGCCCACAUUUGCCGCUGAGCUUAACGUUAGCGGCAAUCCGUUGUCCUCCCGGCCGAUGAGCGCCGAUAUGUUUGCCAGUAUUGCAAAAGGCAAUAGUGUUUCGCUCUAUACUUACGGCGAUGGCUUUCAGUACGUGAAUCGUACGGUAUUUGAGCCGUACCUGAGCUCUAGUACUCAACACCGGCUCUAUUCGGACACAGACUGCGCCGACAGUCGACGAGCUAAACCAACCAUGUCAACAUUACCUACAGUGGGCUACUUUGCGAGGAGGGGUCGGGCGCAGUCAAUACGCUUACUAUUGAAGUACGCGAACAUAAAGUUCACGGACAAGCGCUACGCCUACCCUAAGGACUGGCAGUCGGAAAAGUUUACACUGGGUUUGGACUUUCCUAACAUUCCCUACGAUAUCGACGGCGACCUCAAAUUGACCCAAAGUAUGGCUAUAAUGCGAUAUUUGGGCGAAAAGCACGGCCUGUCGGUCACCGCUGACCCCCAACGGGCCGUACAAGACAUGGCUGAGCAACAGCUUCAGGAUGUGUUUGAGGGAUUGGUGGCCAUA